AUGCCGAAGGCGUCUGGCAGUGCACAAACCGCCGAGGAAGAAGACGAGAAUCAAACAAGGUUAACAGUCAGGAUUCCCCCCUUUUGGCCAGAGGAACCGGAGAUUUGGUUCAUGCAGCUUGAGGGACAAUUCGCUCUCUGUAAAGUUACUGAUGACAACGCAAAGUUCGCCUACGCUCUUUCACGAAUUGAACCAAAACAAGCGAGGGAAAUUAAAGACAUCAUCACACAACCUCCAACUCACUCGAAAUAUGUGGCAUUGAAAAAGGCGUUGAUUCAAAGGCUUACUGACUCUCAAAAUCAGCGGAUUCGUCAGUUGCUGGAACGAGAAGAACUUGGUGACCGAAAACCAUCUCAGUUCUUGCGACACCUUAGCACGUUGGCAGGCACAGCUGUUUCAAAAGAACUCCUUCGCACGCUAUGGCUUGGACGACUUCCUUCUCAAAUGCAGGCAAUUUUAGCAACGAGAAGUGAGGACAGAUUAGAAGAUAUCGCAGAGCAAGCAGAUCGAAUACACGAAGUGAAUAAUAGUAAGGCACUCGUACUUGCAACUUCAGUACCUUCUGCUGAAUCUACGCAGAAUGCUUUGGAGGAGAAGAUUUUAACACUCACUAAGCAGGUUGCGGCACUUUCAACGCAGAUGACAAAAGUACUUCGCUCAAAUCGAUCAAGAAGUCAACGAUCAAGAAGUCGUUUCAAACAAGAAAAAUCCAAUCAAAAAGAGGGUAUAUGCUACUACCAUCGCCGAUUCAAAGAAGAAGCACGAAAAUGUACUCAACCCUGCUCUUUCAAAACAACAAAAAACUCGGAGGGCAGUCAUUAA